AAAAAGGAGAGGCGGUGGCCCACUAGAGGGUUCGGUUGAUAUUUACCGACUUAGGGUUUUCAGCAUUUCAUCUCUAGAGCGUGCUUCGAGAGAUUAAAAUCGCCGAGCGAUCGAUCACAAAAUAAUAGACAUCCAAUCUUUCUCUUCGAUCUUCUGUCUGGAAUUUAGAAUGGCAUCGACUGUGGCAUGGCUUCUUUGAUUGAAAACCAAAAUCGAGUCCUCUAGAGUUGUUAUCUAUCAAUUGUUGGCUUCAAUCUGUUUAUAUUUGUAAGUAAACAUGGAAACAAAGUCAGGCAAGGUAUUGGAUAGCCGUCGCCAGCUUAAUGAUUUGAAGAGAAAGAGGGCAGCUCAGAGUAAGGCACACACUUCAAGAGCUUCUGGCACUAACUCAGCUGCACAAUCUGUCUUUGGUUCCCCGCCCAACAAGGACAGUAAGCGGAGGAAGGUUGAUGUAUCAAAAUCUCAGCCUGGUUGGAGCAGUUCGCAAUCGGACAGGUCUUUACUGAGAUAUUACUCAAAUUUGAAGAGAAGUUCCUCUCCAGCACGUUUGAUGUCUUACCAAAAAGGUGAAUGGACCGAUCUUCCUCGAAAUCUUGUAACUUCAAUUAAGAAAGACUUCCAGAUGAAGAAAGCAGCAAUGGAGGUAGAGCUUUAUGGGAAAAUGUUUCUAAUAGACUUCCUGCGCAUGAUGAUACUGGACUUAGAGACAGGUUCCAAGCAGCCAAUUGCCUGGAUUGAUGAAGAUGGCAGUUGCUUCUUUCCAGAAAUUUUUGCUGACCAUGACAAGAUUAAUGAGAAUGAGAAAGUUCAUGGACAUGUGGUCCCAGAGUCUUUUGGAACUAAUGAUAUCAAGCUUCAGCUUGAGAUUGACAUAAGCGGUGUGGGUUGCUCGAAGCUGAAGGAAUCUACUGGUGAAUCAAAUGAUCUGGUUAAGAAAAUUAGAGUUGUCAAGAACCUUGCCAUCGAUGCAGAAGCAGAUAGCAGCUGUGUUAGAGGUUCUAAUGAUAAAGUCUGUGAGGCUUUUGGCGAAAACCAACAGGAGGAGAACAAUGUCCAGCCUGCUCCUUUUCAUGAAAAUAUAGAUUUUAAUGCUGCUCGGGAAAUGCUUCUCAAGGCUUUGAGCUCAUUGAAGGUAGACAAAAUUGAAUUAGCAUGUGGUUCAGGUAUCUUAAUGCAGGCCCAAUCUGAACUUUUUAGGAAGCAAGUCGAGGUCACAGAAAAGUAUCGUGGAGAUGCAAAUGUGAAAUAUGCCUGGCUUCCUACUUCUAAAGGUGAAUUGUCCAGUGUCAUGACUUAUGGGCUUGGCGAGUGUGAAAUGUUGAAAAUGAAGUCUGCAUAUGGCUCUGGGAUUCUUCUUUUACCUGUAAAUUGCGCUCAGACCAGUGCAAGUUACUGUGAUGUUGACGAAAAUGGGUUUCAGUACGUAAUUUUAUGCCGCGUUAUAAUGGGAAACGUGGAGGUUGUUCAUCCUGGAUCAAAACAGGUUCAUCCUAGUUGCGAGAGUUAUGAUAGCGGGGUUGAUGAUCUCAAUGAUCCAAAGCAUUAUAUAGUUUGGGAUAUGAAGAAAAACACUCAUAUUUACCCUCUUUAUGCUGUUGGUUUCAAGGUUUCUUCUGAUGCUGGAGGACACAGUAGUGCAAACGAGAACAAGGUUAAUACCUCAGGGGUCACCACUUCUGGUCAAGGAGCUGAGGUUCAGGGUCAGCUAAAUUCUGGUUCAGCUGAUAUGGUUCAAGUUCCUAAGUCUCAAGGAGUAGCUGAAAAUUUAGGCUCAAGCUCGACAAAGAAUCCUAAAUCUGCAUGGAUGCCUUUCCCAUUGCUGUUUGAAGCAAUUUCGCAUAAAACUAGUCCUAGCAAUAUGAACCUCGUUAGUAGUAAUUAUGAGUUAUUUAGGAGCAAGAAGAUAAGUAGAGACGAGUUUGUGAAAAGGUUGAGGCUUAUUGUUGGAGAUGGAUUGCUGAGGUCUUCAAUUUUAAAUUUGCAGAGCAAGAUGUCUAACGAUGGCAGCUCCUAAACAUCGAAGUGAAACAGAACAAGUGGUUUGGAACUGAAGGCUGCCUGCUUUGCUCUCUUGGAUCGUUGCCGCUUGUUUUGUGGGGGAGUUGGAUCAUUAUCAUAGUUAAAUACUGUAGUGCUGUUACCUAAAAUGCGUCGACAUGAUGUGUUGUGAAUAUUUAGUACCAGUCGAGGAUAUUCUGCUGUCUGGUUUUUUAUGUGUUCUGCUAGUUAACGUUUACAGAACUUUUAAAAAGUUACCGUGUAACUUUGUUGAAUGCUGGUUUACAAAACUUUUAAAAGGUUACAUUUGGACUUUGUUGAA